AUGAUAACGGAAUACUCUGGGAGACAGAAGGGCACUGGGCUGGCUUCUGCUCCAGUGGACCCAGGUUGGGACACACUGGACACCACUGAAGCUGGUGCCCCUCCUGGCCGCAAGAGGGACAGAGUCCCAGCUGUCUCCAGCGACGCCGCUCUGGGAUCCUCGCGCAACUGGCAGUAUGAUGAAUGCAAACUCUCCAGGACUGGACCACCUGCCACAAUUGUUGCCAUAGAUGAAGAGAGCCCAAAUGGAACGCUUUUGGUUGAGAAUAUGCAAAUCCAAGGCCGAGCGGAAGACCCAGGCAGAACCAUCUCUCUCUCCCUCCGAGACAACUACAACCAUUGGGUAAUACUGGACCCGGUCAGACAGAGGCUCUACCUGAACAGCACCGGCAGGGCCCUCGACCGAGAUCCCCCCUCCUACAUCCAUUCCAUCGUGGUCCAGGUCCAGUGCACCAACGAGCUGGUCGGGAGCAUCAUUCGACACGAGGUGCGCAUCGUUGUGAGGGAUCGCAAUGAUAACGCGCCCCAGUUCCAGAAGCCUCGCUACUAUGUCGCCAUAAACGAGUUGACCCCAGUUGGCACCACCAUCUUCUCCGGCUUCACUGGGAAUAAUGGAGCCCUGGACAUUGAUGACGGCCCAAACGGACAGAUCGAAUACAUCAUCCAGUACAACCCAAAUGACCCGAUGUCCAACAGGACGUUUGACAUCCCGCUCACCCUUUCUGGCUCGAUGGUCCUGAGGGAGAGGCUCAACUACGAGGAGAUCACCCGCUACCUGGUCAUCAUCCAGGCUAAUGACCGCGCCCCGUACCCCAACGAACGACGCACCGCCACCACCACCCUGACCGUAGACGUGUUGGAUGGGGAUGACCUGGGGCCUAUGUUCCUGCCAUGUUCCCUGGUCGACAACACGCGUGACUGCAGCCCCCUCACCUACCGGGCCCACAUCCUGGAGCUCACUGACCCAAGCAAAGUGAACCCUGUCAACGUGACGCCCAUCAUUCAGGCCGUGGACCAGGACAGGAACAUCCAGCCUCCCUCUGAGAGGCCAGGAAUCCUCUACUCCAUCCUCAUUGGUAAGCCGGAGAAGUACGCCGACUUCUUCUCUCUGAACCGAACCACUGCCAAGCUGAAGCUCCUCAAACCGCUCAACAGGGACCUGUGUCAAAGAUUUGACUUGGUAAUCAAGGCAGAGCAGGACAACGGCCACCCUCUGCCUGCGUUUGCUAACCUCCAGAUCGAGGUUCUGGAUGAGAACAACCAGGCACCAUACUUUCAAGACACCACAUACCAGGGCUUCAUCAUCGAGUCAGCGCCAGUGGGCACCACAUUGUUCGCCGACGUCAGCCUCACCACCCCCCUGGGCAUCAAGGUUCUGGACAACGACAUUGAGGAGAUGAAAGAUCCCAUGGUGCAGAUAUCCUUGGACAACUACAACACAAUCUUCAUGUUGACACCUUCGGGGAUUACUCGCUACCUGACACUGCUGAAGCCCGUGGACCGUGAAGAGCAGGACAGCUACACGUUCACGAUGAUGGCUUCAGACGGAGUUCAGGAGAGCCCUACAGUGACCGUUCAUAUCACAGUGAUUGAUGCCAACGACAACACACCAACCUUCCUCAACUCCUCCUACAGUGUGAAUGUUUACACAGACGUUCAGCCAGGGGAAACAGUAUUACAGCUGACGGCCCUGGAUGCUGACGAGGGUCCCAACGGGCUGGUGACCUACAAGAUCCUGGCGGGGAAUCAAGGCCACUUCGCCAUCAAUAACCGCUCGGGAGUGAUCACUGUGAUGCCUGGCAUCUCCCUGGCCGUGGGACGCUCCUAUGCCCUGACUGUGAAGGCCAUGGAUAACGGCCCGGAGUCCCAGAGGAGGAGCUCCAUCACCACUGUGUACAUUGAGGUGCUCCCACCCAACAACCAGAGCCCCCCACACUUUCCCCGCUUCCUCUACAGCCUGGAGGUCAGCGAGGCCAUGAGGACCGGAGCCACUCUCCUCCACCUGCAGGCGAAGGACCGUGAAAGAGAUCCUAUUACCUAUAGCAUCCAGAGCGGGGAUUCCCACGACCUCUUCGAGCUCUCCCGAACGUCAGGGCUUUUGGUCCUGGGGAAACCGCUGGACAGGGAGACAGAGGAUCGCUACACUCUCGUUGUAACAGCCUCAGACGGCCAUCCGGAAGGGACCUCCACGGCUACUGUGAAUAUUGUGGUCACUGAUGUCAACGAUAAUGACCCCGUCUUCGAUCCACUCAUGCCCCAAAACGUAACAGUUACAGAGGAGGAGGCCAACUCUUUUGUGGGCCAAGUAAAGGCCACAGAUCCAGACGCGGGGGUUAAUGGCCAGGUGCGCUACCGACUAGUCAACCACGCCAACCUCUUCAGGGUCAACUCCAAUGGCACCAUCUCCACCGCCGUGCCUCUGGACCGAGAGGUCAGGGGUCAGUAUGACCUCAUUGUGGAGGCGGAGGACGGAGCGGUGGAGGACCCCAGGAGGACCACACUGACUCUGUCGGUGACCGUGCUGGAUGUGGAUGAUAACAGUCCGGUGUUCUCACAACCAUCCUAUACGGUCAAUCUACCGGAGAAUAGUCCUAAGAAGACAGUCAUCCUGCAGCUUACUGCCAAAGACUCUGACCUGGACUCCAACAUCACCUUCCGUAUACGGACCCCGGAGGCCAGGCAAUUGUUUGCUGUCAACCCAGUGACUGGAGAGCUCUCUGUGCUGCAGACGCUGGACUUUGAGACCCUGGCAGCCACGGACCACACCUUCGUGGUGGAAGCCCUGGACAGUGGAGGGAGCAUGCCCCCAGGCCUGGCCACUGUCACUGUAAAGAUAACGGAUAUGAAUGACUACUCCCCAGUGUUCAGCCAGGCGUUGUACAGGGGCAUGGUGGCUCCCAACGCAGUCAAGGGGACCGUGGUCGCCACGGUACAGGCAGAGGACCUAGACCCCCCUGGUACCCCUGCUAGCCGUGUGCGUUACAGACUGGACCUCGAUGAGGACCCUUACAGCGGCAGCAUCUUUGACGUGAACGAAGUCACAGGCAGCGUCAUCACACGUGUCAACCUCAAUGAAGAGCCCAAUCUAGAGUUUAGUCUAAUCAUUGUUGCCUAUGACAACGGGGAGCCAGUGAAAGUCAAUAAGACCCUGGUGGUUAUCACUGUCCUGCAGCCCUCUGUUAUACCAGUCUUCACCCAGGAGGAAUACAGGUUUCCCCCGGUGAGUGAGAUGGCUAAGGUGGGGAAGGUGGUCGGGGUCAUCCUGGCUGCUGCUAUCAAUCAAACAAUAAUUUACUCUAUAGUGGACGGCAAUGAGGGAGGCGUAUUCAGGCUCAACAACAGCACCGGGAUGUUCUCUACGGCCAAGCAGCUGGACUACGAGACCAAUGCCAGCUACAUCCUCAAAGUGGAGGCUGACUCCAUCGGAGUGGUCGGUUCCAAUCUCAGAGCGCCCUCCAAGACUAACACAGCGAGGGUGUUCAUUGAUGUUUGGGAUGAGAAUGAUCACCCUCCUGUCUUCACCAAACCCUUGUACCUGGGAGGAGUGGCAGAGGACGCCAAAACAUUCACUUCUGUACUACAAGUUCAGGCCCUGGACAAGGACACAGGGAAUUACAGCUCCAUGCAAUACAGGAUUAUUAUCCCCCCCACCACCGACGGCAAGGACGGCUUUGUCAUCGAGCCCUACACCGGCGUCAUCAAGACUGCCAUUAUGUACAGGAACAUGCGACGGUCCUACUUCAAGUUUGAAGUGGUCGCCACUGACAAUUACGGCGAGGGGGGGCUGAGCAGCAAGGCAGAGGUGGUGGUAUCUGUAGUGAAUCUGCUGGAUAUGCAGGUGGUGGUCUCCAACGUUGCUCCUACAGUGGUGGAACAGAAAAAGGACAAGCUCCUCGGGAUCUUGGAGCGCUAUGUGCAGGACCAGAUUCCCGGGGCCAAAGUGGUGGUGGAGUCCAUCGGGCCGCAGCGGUUCGGCGAUGGCUUCGAGCAGGAGGACUACUCCAAGUCGGACCUGAUGGUUUACGCCAUCGACCCUCUGACCAACCGGGCCAUCUCACGCCAGGAGCUAUUCAAGUUUCUGGAUGGGAAGCUGCUGGACAUCAACAAGGAGUUUCAACCGUACCUGGGCCGAGGCGGGAGGAUCCUAGAGAUCCGCACACCGGAUGUGGUGACCAGUGUGAAGAAGGCCGUGCAGACCGUGGGCUACACAGAGGGGGCGCUGCUCGCCCUCGCCGUCAUCAUCAUCCUCUGCUGCAUCCCUGCCAUCCUCAUCGUCAUCAUCACCUACAGGCAAUUCAAAGAGAGACAAGCGGAGUGUGCUAAAACUGCCCGGAUCCAAAUGGCCCUCCCUACAGGCAAAUCAGUGGGCGCCGCCACCAACAACCUUUACGAAGAGCUUGGGGACAGUGCCAUACUGGGCCUGUACAGGAGUAAGCGUUGUGUGCUAGAGGAAGGUGACCGCCAGAGGCUCAUAAGCACAUUUGCCGCACGGGCCAUCACUGCCCACAAGCAGUCCAGUGCCAAUGGGAUCCUCCUCAACAAUAUGCCCAAGUCCGAGAGCAACAUCACAUUAUUCUCGGACGAGAACCCCCUAACCACCAAGAACCCCCUGUUUGACGAAGGCACGGGCACGCUCAGCAGCCCAGAGACCCUGGGGAAGGACCAGAGGAGGAUGGACCUCCUGGGGACCUACUCCCCUCCUCAGGCACCUCAAGGCCUGAGAGAAUCCUUCCUGAGAUUCAACUCUGGUGGCUCGGGCCACUCCUGGACCCUACCUUCCAGACUCCACAGGAAGGAGAUGUAUGAUGCUCUGAGGAGACAGGUGGUGAUGGACCCGGUACAAUGGGAGCUGGAGAUUCUGAAGACUGAGCUGAAGGACAGUAAGGACAUGCUGGAUGGCCUGGACUGGGGAAACCUGGGGCGCAGCACCUACAUGGAGCCUAAGCCCCUGUCAGUGAAGGAGCAGGCCAGGCAGUUUGAGCAGCAGGCCAUGAGGGAGAUGAAGCAGAGGCAGAGUCGGGACUCCCGGGGGUCUCUCUCUCCAGACUUCCUGAUGGGCUCCAUCCUGGAUAGAGAGGAACGCCACCUGGGCCAAGACAGAGAGGGCCCACCCUGCAUCAUUAUCACCCAGAGCGAUGGAACUCCACCCCCCAGCCACAAGCCCACUCCACCCGUCCGGCGCAGGUUCAACUCCAGCUUCUCCAGCUACAACUCAGCCUCCAACGAACCCUACGAGGUCAACCUGGAGGUCAUCCCUGACCCCCCUGACGUGCCCCCUCCACCCCCACCCAACUCCCCUCUUCCCCCCUCCACGCCUCCUCCUCCCAACUCCCAUCCGUCCCCCCCACUUAACUACGGCAAAAACCCUGCCCCGCCCCCUCCUCCGCCUCUCCCUCCUCCUCUGUCCCCUUCCCUCAAUCGUCCAUCUACGUUUGUGCUCCCCCCCCUGCCCGCUGUGACCACCCUGAGACCCGUGUCCCUGCGCCCUCCCCCGCCGCCCCUCCCCACCGAUCCCCAGCCCCCCAGGAAGGAGUUGAAGGGGAUCCUGAAGAACAUACAGAACAUCGCCGACAUCGAGAAAUCUGUCGCUAAUAUGUACAGUCAAAUAGACAAAAAACAGAUGCUUCCACGAAGCGCCCUGAGGCCACGAGGGUCUGUGGAUUCCAUGGACUCUUUAAAUGGCGUACUAGACACUGCAGAGAUUGUAGCCCCCACCAUAACAGAGGUACAGGCAGAGGCUCCGGUUGCAGAACAGCCACAGCAGGUGCAGGUCCAACCAAACGUUAACAUGACCUCUAUAGUGGAAGAGCUGGAGAAACGCUUCCCCUCUCAGUCCACUGCAAUGCGUGGGUACGGACAUCAUGAGCAACAACAGUUGCUUAGGCCCUCUCUUCUGAGACCAGAGGAGCUCUCCAUGGAGUCUGGCAUCGACCCAGGCCAGGAUUAUUACACCCAGGAUUAUUAUAAUUAUGACCACGGGUAUGAACUGCCUCAGUAUGGCAGUCGCAGGAAGUUGAUAUCUCCGACAGGCCUGUAUGACGAGUACGGAGAGGUGAUUAGCGAGGAAGAGGAGGAGUCUUCGGGGGAGGAGGAAUACGGGAGGAAGAAGCGGAUUAAGCUGGUGGUGGACAGGGAGUAUGAGACUAGUUCGACGGGGGAGGACAGCGCUCCGGAGCCCCAAAGAAACCGUCUGUCUAACCUGACCAACCACAGCAACAUCAAUGGCAGCGUGUACCUGGCGCAGAACGGCUCAGUCGUACGCACCCGCCGGGGUGUCCACUCAAACAACAUCAAGGUCAACUCCCCAGUGCGGCUGGGCAAGCACUUUAAGAAACUGGACAAACUGGCCGUGACUCACGAGGAGAGACUGCCCCUCAACAGCCCCGUGGCGACCACGUCCUCGGUCGACAAGACCCUCAACACCCAGCCCUCCAGCGGCUCCCUGGCCUCCAGCACCACUGGCCCAGAGAGCAUAGCGUCAAAGUCCAACAUCGCCAAGGCCAGGAGCGAGAGAACCCGGAACGCUGAGGAGCAGGAGUCACCAGUGGACAAUGAGGACGUGAGAGAACCUUUAGAAUCUCAGAGCGAUCGCACACAGUCCGAUGAGGAGGAGCUAUGGAUGGGGCCUUGGAACAAUCUGCACAUACCAAUGACAAAACUGUGA